AUGAGUACAGACGCAAAACCCGAUCUAUCAAAAAAAUUAGCUGAGCUACGCGCCAGCAAAACACGACGUUCCCCUCCUACAAACCAACAAGACCCGACACCAGUAACACCACCUCUCCCAGCUCCUAUGGAUCUUUCUUCGCAUACAUUCAGUCGACCAACCCGUCGUAUCCUCUCGCCAAAAGACCUCGAGACAUUCACAUCUUCUCCCGCAUACACUCUUAUCCUUGCAUUCAUAUUCGGUCUAUCAGACAAAGUCCGCGGGCGGGCUAUUACGGAUAUCCAGAACGAACGAGUACCAGAAAACAUUGAAAAGAUUCUACGCAUAAUCGACCUACUGGGAUCACUGGUUGAAAAGAACCCUGCACUAGACCAAGGAGGAUCUCGAUUCGGUAACCCGGCGUUCCGUUCCCUCUUCGAUGAUAAUGCUUCACAGUGCCCGGAAUGGCAUCGCGAGAUAUUGGGGAUCGAAAAUACAGAAGCAGUGGAUGAAGUAUCGACGUAUUUAAUUCAUUCCCUUGGCUCACGGGAUCGACUCGACUAUGGUUCUGGACAUGAACUGCAUUUCAUGAUGUGGCUUUUGUGUCUGUACGAAUUAAGAUUUAUCUCCGUCGCGGAUUUCCCCAUGCUCGUUUUCAAGACGACGUAUUAUCUCGAGCCUGCCGGGUCGCAUGGUGUCUGGGGUCUGGACGAUUAUCAUUUCCUCCCUUUCCUAUUCGGAGCUUCCCAGCUCGUGGGACAUCCAUAUAUCACACCGCGCGCCAUUCAUAGCAGCGCCGUCCUCGACGAAGAAGGCGAUAAAUACGUGUACCUCGACCAAGUGCGAUGGGUCGACAGCGUGAAAACGGUCAAGGGUCUCCGCUGGCACAGUCCUAUGCUAGACGACAUCUCUGGCGCAAAGAGUUGGCUCAAGGUCGAGAGCGGGAUGAAGAAGAUGUUUGUCAAGGAAGUGUUGGGGAAACUACCGAUUAUGCAGCAUUUCUUAUUUGGGAGUUUGAUUGCGGCGUCUCCGGAGAUGGGGCAGCAGCAGUCGGAUGAGUCGUCGUCGUCAUCUUCUGAACAGCAGCAGACCGGCCAUGGUCAUAAUCAUACGCAUGGAGAUGACUUUUGGGGGGAUUGUUGUGGUAUCAAGGUUCCUAGUACUAUAGCGGCAGGAGAGGAGAUGAGGAAGCGUAUGGGUGGUGGGGGGUUACGACCGAUUCCGUUUGAUUGA